CAGACGCGCCGCGACCGCCGCGCCGAGAGCGCGCCAGUGCCCCCGAGCCGUGCCACCGUGCCACAGUGUCGCGAGUGCCACCGUGCCGAACUACAAGUGCCAGUGCGAGUGCCACCAAACUACGGAUUUUCCCGCUGAACUGUCACCUCCACAAAGGUACCCACUGCUAAAUUUAGAAGAGUCUGCGUUGAAUAUCAUCAAAUAUAAUCGUAGUUAGUUGUAAAGAAGAGAUAAGACACCACUUCAAAGAAAACAAAGGAUUUCGGCAGAGUGUAAUAAACGCGAGCUCACUGUGAAUCACACGAGAUAUUUUGAGGUAGUGCGCCGGCGCCGGCGACGGCGGGGCGGCGGCGUGAGCGGGCGACGAUGAGUGCGACCUGACUGCAGCGCGCCGCUACUUCUCGGGAGCUUCCUCGAAGCGGUGGUGUAGCGCGUCGCGGGCGCGGGCGCGGGUGGCGGGUGGAGGGGCGCGUGCCAUGCCGCGAUGAGCGGCGACGGCCGCAACGGCACCAACGGCACGCUGGAGUGCGACUCGGACGCCGACGUGUCCGAGUCGGACAAGCUGUUCCGCUUCGUGGUGCACGGCGUGCUGCUGAACGUGGUGGGGUGCGGCGGGCUGCUGGGGAACGCGCUCUGCGUCGCCGUGCUCAGCCGGCCGCAGAUGCGCUCCUCGAUCAACUGCCUGCUGGCGGGGCUGGCGGCGGCGGACGCGGCGCUGCUGGUGGCCAGCGUGCUGCUCUUCGGGCUGUCGGCCAUCUUCCCGUACACGGGCCGCCUGCGCUACUACUACUACCACGUGUGCCCGCGCCUGGCGCCGCUGGCGUACCCGCUGGCGCUGGUGGCGCAGACCAUGUCGGUGUACCUCACGCUGGUGGUGACGGCCGAGCGCUGGGUGGCCGUGUGCCGCCCGCUGCGCGCCGCGCUCUGCACGCCGCGCCGCGCGCGCUUCGCCGUCUUGGGGGUCGCCAUAUUCGCCUUUGCCUAUAACGCGCCCAAGUUUCUUGAGGUGGAAGUGGUCCGCAUCCCGGCGCUGGGCGCUGGGGAGGGGGGCGCGGAGAGCGAGGAGGACGCCAUCUACUGCGUGGCGGCGGCCGAGUUCCGCAGCGAGCUGUACGUGGCCGUGUACGUGCACUGGCUGUACCUGCUCGUCAUGUACGCCGUGCCCUUCACCGCGCUCGCCGUGCUCAACGCGGCCAUCGUGCGACAGGUUCGGCGCGCGCAGGCGGAGCGCGCGCGGCUGUCGCGGUCGCAGCGGCGCGAGCUGUCGCUGGCCACCAUGCUGCUGGUCGUCGUGCUCGUCUUCUUCCUCUGCAACCUGCUGCCGCUCGUCACCAACUCCUUUGAGGUGUUCUUGGGGUCGGAGCUGGAGCGGCUGGACGCGCUAGUGAAGACGUCCAACCUGCUGGUGACCAUCAACUCGUCGGCCAACUUCCUGAUCUACGUGCUGUUCGGCGACAAGUUCAAGCGCGUGUUCCUGGCGACGUUCUGCCGGCCGGCGCUGGCGUGGCUGCCGUGCGUGCGCCGGCGCGAGGAGUCGCCCGAGCACACGCGCGACGACUCGUGCGCCUCGGGCCCCGAGCGGCUGAGCCUGCGCGUGUCGCUCGCGCGCGACACCACGCUGCGCCGCUCGGCGCCGCGCCACUCGCGCCCGCGCCCGUGCCCGCGCCGCCUCGACCCCGCCCCCACCCCCACCGUCUACUACCCGGCCACGCCCUCCUCCUCCAUCACCACCCUGCCCAACGACCUGCCGCACAACGGCCACGCGCGCGACCACUUCUAGACCGUGCCCAACUGUGACUGUGACGAGACGGCGCACUCGCGCCAGGACUCUUUACUAAUGUUAUCUGUGAUUCGCUGUACGCGUUUUAGAACGAGAGUGUCUCGGUUAAAUAAACGUUCAUCGAUGUA